AUGGAGUUUGAUGAUCUGGAGCCUGCUGUGGCCCCUGAGCCAGUUGAUGCUCCUGUCCUCGCCUUAGAGCAUGACCUUGAUCAUGCCGAUGCACCAGCUGUUGCUCCCUUGGUUGAUGACGUACCUGUCGAUGAUCAUCCUAUUGUUGCUCCACUGUUGGAGGAUGAUCCUGCUGUUGAUGCUCAUAUUGAUGCCCCUCGCAUUGCUGACAUUCCUGCUGAUCCUGUUGUUCCCCCUCUUCCUGACCCUGUGCCUGUGCAGUUCGAUCGUGCACCUUUUGCGACCCAUGUUGGUCCUCGACAUGGGUGGACAGACGAUGAUAAUGGUUACCCACCUUUCGAGUUUCCUGUGACACCCCCUAUGGCUCCUGUUUUAGCCCCUGUUUCAGUUCCUAGGGACACACCCUUGUUCCCACACUCACCGCUGAUGCUCACCACACCGUUACACGACCCGGAGCCUGCACUCAAGCCAGCUUCUACACCAUUUGGGUCAGCUUGA